AAGAACCUAUUUACAAAAUCCUCCUUAUGACUAAAAUGUGCAUUUCAGUGUUUUCUAGAAAUAGGCCUCUGGGGUUUGGUGGAUGUUAGGACCCAGAGAAGACGGAUCUAAAGAGGCACAGUGAUGUGUGGUAAGGGAGAGAAAAAAAAAGACUCCAGUCCACACAUUUGUUCUAAACAAUGUGUGACAGUCACCGCCUCACACAGAGGACGGGACUGAGAGUGUUUCUGGAGGAGAGACAGAGUGAGGGGGUUUAACUUAGAACUGCAGGCCAUGAUGGAGUCACUCAUCAGUAAUCUACAGGAUAAACUGUGCUAACACCACCAUGAUGUCUCUUCAUGCUUGCAUUUAGAAGUUCAGUUGAAUUUCCUCUGGAUUUUGCUUAAAUGAACAUGAAGAAUAAAAAACGGGUGGAACCAGGAUUUAAAACCAGCCCAACAAGAAGUGAAUCAUGGGAAAGUCACUUAUGAGUUCAUCAGAGUUGAAAAUGAAGGACAAGUUGAAUAAAUAAUGGCUGAUAAGACUGGUUCCAUGGUCGUGUCUGUGCUAGACCAACCCGAUCCCAAUGCCACCACUUCCCUGUGGACUCCAAAUCCCACAGUUCCUGCUGAUGCAGGCAUCGUCACAAGCUCCCAGUCCCAAGUCAAAGACCUGUUUGGGUUGUUCUGCAUGGUGACCCUCAAUCUCAUUGCCCUUCUGGCCAACACUGGUGUGAUGGUGGCCAUUGCUCGAGCUCCUCACAUGAAAAAGUUUGCGUUUGUGUGUCACCUCUGUGCCGUGGACCUGCUCUGUGCCAUCCUCCUCAUGCCUUUGGGUAUCAUUUCCAGCUCUCCGUUUUUUGGCACCAUAGCGUUUACGGUUCUGGAGUGUCAGGUGUACAUCUUUCUCAACGUUUUCCUCAUCUGUCUUUCAAUUCUCACCAUCACAGCCAUCAGCUUGGAGCGUUACUUCUACAUUGUUCACCCAAUGCGUUAUGAAGUCAAGAUGACCAUCAACCUUGCCAUUGGAGUAAUGCUCCUAAUCUGGAUGAAGUCCCUACUCUUAGCUCUGGUCACGCUGUUUGGAUGGCCGGCCUAUGGACAUCAGAGCUCCAUCGCUGCAGGCCACUGUUCACUUCAUGCCAGCCACAGUCACCUGAGAAAAGCGUUUGCUGUGCUCUUCGGUGUGGUUUGUUUCCUGGCUCCUGCAGUGGUCAUCUUUAGCGUUUACUGUGCUGUCUACAAGGUGGCUCGUUCUGCUGCACUGCAGCAGGUCCUGCCUGUGCCAACGUGGGUCAACGCAUGCCCUGCCAAAGAUCGCUCGGACUCCAUCAACAGCCAAACCACCAUGAUCACCACUAUCCGUACUCUGCCACAGAGACUGUCCCCAGAGAGGGCCUUCAGUGGAGGAAAAGCAGCACUCACUUUGGUAUUCAUUGUGGGCCAGUUCUUGGUUUGCUGGUUACCUUAUUUCAUCUUCCACCUUCAGAUGUCUCUGACCGGAUCCAUGCAAAGCCCUGGAGACUUAGAGGAGGCGGUCACCUGGCUCGCCUACGCGUCCUUCGCUGUUAACCCGUUCUUCUACGGCCUGUUGAAUCAACAGAUCAGAGACGAGCUGGUGAAGUUUCGAAGAUGUUGCUUGACCCAACAAGUUGAGAUGGGACCAGCCAGUCAAGAGGUCUCGUUUCAGGAAAACUUUCUUCAGUUCAUUCAUAGAACUGGCAGCGCAGCGGAAACACAUUCCGGUUGUACUAACAAUAGUCCAAGGAACACACUGGACCCGGCAAAGACAAUUCCCGGACAAAUACCAGAGCAGCAUGCUUAGAUUGAGACAAACUACGGAAUACAGCCUUGGAUUUGAUAGAUUAUCUAUCACAUUAAUAUCUAUUAUGAAAUGUUCUGUUGUAUUUGUAGAAUGGCUCCUGGGUUCAUCUGUAUUUGUUGUACUAUUGGUUACUAUACAUAGUCGUAUAUUUGUAGGUAUAUGUCUCAGGUCUCCUUUCACUCACCUCCACAUAGUACUCACCUCAACAUUGAUUGUUUACCUUAGUGCAAAUUAGAAAUGUUAGUCUUAUCACGCCAUAAAAAAUAAACACAAUGUUGUUUAAACUUC